AAUCGUACUGCUUUAUAACUUUGCCAACACAUCAGAUGACCAGAAUGUCUAUUUUUAAUCAUUGUGCCAAACUUGUUUGGGACUCUCCUACAGGUGUCUUCCCAGGUUGUGGCCCUUUAUUCCUGGAUGUUCUGCCGUGUGCCGUCGUCCUGGUGAAGGUCUCCAAGGAUGAAAAUGGAAGAAGAAACAUCUCCCAGUUGCCUGCUAGGAGAGCCAUCCAAACGAGCUGGAGAAAUCCCUCAUGGGGUCAUUGUGGAUUGCACGACCAAGUCCCGAGGGGGCUUGGCAGGACGAGGCCAAUCUCCGGAUGGAGACACUGGAAGAUCCUGCAGGCAGGCGAUCCUGCAUCAGGUGAAGGAGGAGUCGGAAGAGAACUUGGCCCGGCACUGGGAAGUCCAGUGGCAGACUUUCUUGAGGACCGUGGAGUCCGCUCAGUCGGGCUGGGGAGCUGCACAUUUCCCGGAGGACUCUUCCUUGUGGGAAGAUGCCAAGGCCUUCCUGGGCUCCUUUGAGCAAGUGGCCGAGGCCUGUCGGUGGCCCAGGGGGGAGUGGGUGGCCCGGCUCCUCCCCGCGCUCAGGGGAGAAGCCCGGCAGGCCUUUGAUAAGCUGGAGGCUGGAGACCGAGAGGAUUAUGGGAAAGUGAAGACGGCCAUCUUGCGAGGGGAUGCUCUGAGCAGAGAGAAGAUUCGCCAACGCUUCCGGCAGUUCGGCUACUGGGAGGCCGAUGGGCCGAGAGCCGUCUAUGCCCAGUUGCAGGAACUCUGCCGCCGCUGGCUGAAGACCGAGAAGAACAGCAAAGAGCGGAUUGUGGAAUUGCUGGUCCUGGAGCAAUUUCUGGCUAUCCUCCCCCCAGAAAUGCAGAGCUGGGUGUGUGAGUGUGGCAUGGAGACCUGUGCCGAAGCGGUGGCCCUGGCGGAGGAUUUCCUUUUGAGGCAGCGAGAGGCCCGGAGGAAGGAGAAGCAGGGGGCCUUGGAGCAGGCCCAGGAUAUUUGCUCCUGGACUUCCCCUGGGCCUGGACAGAGACCCCUCUAUGCUGAAUUGAAGCAGGAAGGCAGUGAUGGACGUGCCACCUUGUCAGAAGGACCACCCAUACCCCAACGUGAUGUCUUCUCCUGGCUGGAAGAGAAAAAAGAGACAUUUUUUCAGAGUUCAGAAGAAAUCAAAUCUGCAGAUGUCUCAAAGGAGGAGGAUGGAGGUGAAAUGUGCAAACAGUUAGAAAGAGCCAGAUGCAAAGCAUUGAGAGAAAUCUCCUGGAAUCCAGAGGAUUCACAGAUGCAGGAGGGUGAUCAAGCAGGAGAAAAGGUCAAAUCUGUGACGGGGCAGGCUGCUGAUCUGGAUGAAGUUCCAAUGCCUCAGGAAAAGCAGCGAAAGAAGAGGAAAAACCGGUGCCUCAUCGUCAUCCCCGAGGAGAGGCCAAGUAAAACCUCGGCCUUUGGCAAGGGGGCCGCCCUCCAUCAAAGGCUCCACAGCCGAGAGCUGCCCCAUAAAUGCUUGGACUGCGGCAAGAGCUUCAGUCACAAAGCAAACCUUACAUCCCACCAGAGAGUCCACCGGCUGGAGAAGCUGUACGACUGCUCCAAUUGCGGGAAGCGUUUCCUUCGCAAAUCCAUCCUGGAUAUGCACUUGAGGAUGCACACAGGACAGAAACCCUUCAGCUGCUCUGACUGCGGCUUAAGUUUAAGUGCCCAUUCGAGUCUCAUCAGGCAUCAGCGGAUCCACACGAGGGAGAAACCGUAUAAAUGCUCUGAGUGCGAGAAGAGUUUCAGCCAGAACUCGGACCUGAUCCGGCAUCAGCGACUCCACACGGGGGUGAAACCCUAUCAGUGCCCCGAGUGUGGGAAGAGCUUCAGCCGGGGCGACUGCCUUGCUACGCAUCAGAAAAUCCACACGGGGAAAGAUCAAGGUGGAAAUCCGGCAGUAGCAAAAACGUUUGUGAUAAAUCAAGUCCUGUUCAGCACUUGAGAAUUUGCACAGGGGACAAGCCGCAAGUGGGGCUUACGAGAUAAGCAAGGCCCAGUCUUUUUCAAAAUGAAAGCAAUGUGAUUUUUCAGGAGCCUGUUGGGGGCCCAAAUUGACUGGGACAGAGCCUGAAUUGGAUAUAAUUUAAAUUUGAAUGCAGUCCAUUUUUUCCUCAUCAAAGAAUCCCCCAAGCGAGAAAUCACAAGAGUGAACUUUUCUUGAGACGGCAAGUGCCACUCGCACCUCUGCGUCUUAAUAAAGCUGUGUGAAUGCUCAGGUGGUAAUAAAAGCCUUUUCCGAGGAAUCUUCCACGGUGGUGGUCAGAGCCGCCGAUGCGUAUGCAUUAGAAGGGUGGCCGGAAAACAUUUAUGUAAAGAGAAGAAAGAAUAAAAAUCGCGAGGAGGAGGACAAAUGUUUGGAAACCUCCUGUUAUUUUCCAUCAGCCAGUUAGAUUGCAAAAACAGGAGUGGUUUUGUUUCUUUGCUGGGGGAAGAAGAGGAAAGCCAGCAAACUCAGACUUCCGUUUGCUUGUGAAUUACUUAUAUGAUUUCAUAAAGGCAAUUACGAUGAUUUAAAGCAGAUUCAUCUUGUGCUUCAGUCAAAAAGCCUCCCAGGAUGGCUUCGCUGAAAUCAGUAAAGCUUACAGGCUAACCAUCUUAAAA